AUGAGGCAACAAUCUGUUGCUAUCCAAGGAAAGCUGAUGUGCGGAAACAGACCAGCAGCAGGAGUGAAAGUCAAGCUGUGGGAUGAAGAUGAUGGACCCGAUCCAGAUGAUGUACUAGAUGAAGGCUACACCGAUUCAAUGGGAGAGUUCCAUUUGAAGGGAACCGAGAGGGAACUUACCAACAUCGACCCCGUCUUCAAAGUUUAUCACGAUUGUGACGAUGGUAUUAAGCCCGGUCAACGCAAAGUGAAGUUCCGUAUUCCUGACUCCUAUAUAUCAGCUGGAAGCAUAGCAAAACGUGUAUUCAACAUUGGUGUCCUCAACUUAGAAACAAUUUUCCCCAAAGAAGAACGAGAUCUCCUGUAGAUUAUCUCAGACUUGUAUAUGCUUGGAUUCAGCUUUACAACCGCCAAUGAUUUAUAAAUACCUGCCAAAUCGUCAGAAAUCUUCUAUCAAUCAGUCCUUGUGUACUCUGUAAUGCAACAUACGCGAAUAAACAGUUGCGCUUUGCUUAGAAAAAGAGACAUCGGCCAGAUCACUAUAUGAAUCGCUUCUUUCCAACUUUCUACUGAUUACUUGUUUCUUCACAAUCUCGUUUUCAGCUAUGUCAUCAUCAAUAUUUUU